AUGGUGAGGGGUCUGGAGGCCAAGACCUAUGAAGAGAGGUUGAAGGAGCUGGAAAACAAGAUGGUUGCCAGAGCCCUGCGGGAUUUCCCCUCCGCCCAGAUAAGAUGGCCCCCCUUGUUCCUUUUCCUGGCAGCCCCCUUGGUGGGAUUUGGCUGGGGCUGCCCUCCGAGGUGCGACUGCUCCUCCCAGGAGAAGGCAGUGUUCUGCAACGGCCGGCGCCUGACGACUGCGCCCGGUGGAAUCCCUCCGGACUCUGAGCUUCUGGACCUGAGCCACAACCGCAUCCGCACCCUGCACCAGGGUAUGUUCUCUCGCCUCCGGGCCUUGAAGGAGCUGGACCUGAGCGAGAACAUCAUGUCCAACAUCGAACCCGGGGCCUUCAACGGCCUCCAGAAGCUGAUGACCCUCCAGCUGAAGUGCAACUCAUUGAAGAUAAUCCCGGCGGGCGUUUUCACGGGUCUUCCCAACCUCACCGUCCUGGACAUUAGUAAAAACAAGAUAGUUAUCUUCCUGGAUCACUCGUUCAGGGACCUCGUCAAUCUCAGAGAGCUGGAGGCAGGAGAUAAUCAUCUGGUCUUUGUUUCCAACCGAGCUUUUGGCGGUCUCCACCGGCUACAACACCUCACCUUGGAGAAAUGCAACUUGACCGGCAUCCCGACGCAAGCCCUCUCUCACCUUCACCAUCUCGUGGAGCUCAGAUUCAAGGUCCUGAACAUCAGCGUCGUUCCGAACUAUUCUUUCCGCAAGCUGCACCACCUGAAGGUCCUGGAGAUCCACAUGUGUCCUUUCCUGAUGACACUGGAGUCCUACAGCCUCUUCGGCUUAAACAUCACCUCCUUGUCGGUCACCAAGUGCAACCUCAGCGUCAUUCCCUACGACGCUUUCAAGCACUUGGUCUACCUCCGGUUUCUGGACCUCUCGUACAACCCCAUCUCGGUGAUCCACGGGAGAAAGCUGAGGGAGCUCUCGCGGCUUCAAGAGUUCCACCUCACUGGCGGCCGGCUGGCCACGAUCGAGAAGAAAGCUUUCCAAGGCCUGUACUACUUCCGCCUCCUCAACGUCUCCGGCAACGCUUUGCAGACCCUCGAGGAAGGGGUCUUUCACUCGGUGGGGAACUUGGAAGUCCUCAGGCUGGACAAUAACCCCUUGGCUUGCGACUGCCGUCUCCUCUGGAUCGUCCGGAGGAGGAGGAGGUUGAAUUUUGAAGCCCGGCAGCCGGCCUGCGCUAGCCCCUCGAUGGUGGAAGGGAAGGUCUUCCGAGAGUUCUCGGAGGUCCUGCUGGACCACUUCACUUGUCGGAAAUCUAAGAUCAUAGACCGGACGCCUCAGAGGGUGAGCGUUGAAGAAGGGGGCCAGGCGACGCUGCGGUGCAGAAGCGAUGGGGAUCCGGCACCGACUGUUUCCUGGGUGACCCCUCACAGGAUCUACUUGGAUGCCAGGCGCAAGGGGAGAGUGAGAGUCCUUUCAGACGGCACCCUGGAGAUCCAGUACGCCUUGCCUCAAGAUAGCGGGCCGUACCGCUGCAUAGCGAGCAACGUCGCGGGGAAUGACACCCUGCUGGCCCACCUCCAAGUCCACCCAUUCUCUGUACACCUGCCGAAUGACUCCUUCCUCCCGAGCAACACCAGCUUUGCCAACUCGUCGGAGACCUUCCACCUGCUCCUCGUGGACAUCAACACCUUGGUGGGGGUCCUGGCUAUUGGUAUCAUGCCCUUCCUCUGCUCGGUCGCCGUUUGCUUUCUCCUCAUCUUACUCUGGAGUCGGAGCAAAGGGAAGAUGAAGCGCCAGGCCAACGAGCGCUCUCCCGGUUAUUCCCGCAGCUACAAGGCUGUAUCCAGCAAACCAGGAGCAGCAGCCAAAGAACCGAGAUUAGGAGCUACCAAGGCUGGCUACAUGUGGACAGGAAAAUGA